GCCACCUCAGCUAAAAGUAAAACCCUGACCCAGUGUAAGUAUGGAGUCUUUCCUCAAGUCCCCGAUGAAACUUGUACUUUUGACGGCAUGGCUCUCCAGUCUGAUGGACCCAUGCAGCCUCUCUAACAUUUGUGAGUCGUGCCAUGAAUUCGCAACCUGCAAGACCCUGAACGGAUCGAAGGAUGCCUGUUUCUGUAAGCAUGGAUACACCGGGGACGGGACCACCUUUUGCCAUGAUGACAACGAGUGCCAGAACGUGACGAAUAUCUGCGGGGAGAAGGGGAACUGCACCAACACGGAUGGCAGCUACUACUGCACAUGUGUUCCCGGUUAUGAGUCCACUGGACUGACCCAGUUCCAGCCCAACGACGGCACCGAGUGCUCCGAUGUGGAUGAGUGUGAGACGGGGCAGAUCUGCGGCCCCUUCGCCCUCUGUCACAACACACAUGGCUCCUUCUACUGCACCUGCCAGCGAGAUUACAUCCCCAGCUCUGGAGAUAAACACUUCCAUCCACACAAUGGUGAUAGAUGUAAAGAGCACCCCCAAAAAAACUGCCACGACAACAACGGCUGUAUCCUACAGACGGUCAACAAAACCCUUGAACAUAUGAGAAACUUGACGGAGCCUCAGAGUCUGCUGGAGGAGAUUGCCCAGCAAACGUCCGGCGAUCUGACAUCGGUGGAUGUGAUCUCAUACGUGGAGACCUUGUCUCGGUCCGCGGCAAUGCUGAGUGACAGGCAGAAGGAACACAUCACCACACCCACCAUUAUCAACUCAACUCUGACUAAACUGGUGAAAGCCGUCAAUAACCUGGUGGAGAAGGAUGAGCUGGUGGCUUGGAGCAGAAUGAAAGAGGAGCGACGGGAGCACACCAUCACCAAACUGCUCCACACCCUGGAGCAGAGCACCUUGGCACUGACCAGCCACCUCCAAACUCAGACGGAGCUCCAAAUGAGAGCCAGUGAUAUGGAGCUGAAGCUCCUCAACGUUGAUGUGGGUAAGACGACGUCCAGGAUCUCUGUGUCUCUGGGAGGAGAUCAGAUCAGCCUGAGUCCCAAAUCCAGAGCAGAGGAAGGUGGAAACGAAAGUGUGUCGGUGGUGUUUGUGCGGUAUGACACCAUCGGGGACAUCAUGAAGCCCACCGUGGACCCCGGCGUCACCGACUACUCACGCUACGCGGGAUCAGGCGAAAUCACAGUCAAUUCCCAAGUCAUCGCCGCAGCCAUCAAACCUGCUGCCAUUUACCAGCUUGACCACAUCACCUUCACCCUGCAGCACAACAAGCCCAUAGACACUGAAGCUGAUGUGACCAAAUGUGCUUUCUGGGAGUACGAGCUGGCGAGCCUGCAGGGCCGCUGGGCCACGCACGGCUGUCGGAGAGUUCACGUCAACAGCAGCGCCACCACCUGUUCCUGCAACCACCUUACACACUUCGCUAUACUGAUGUCGUCGGGACGGGCCAACCUCGUGGCUCACUACAACGUUCUGACCUCUAUCACGCUGCUGGGAAUGAUCAUCUCGCUCAUCUGCCUGUCGCUGUGCAUCUUCACCUUCUGGUUCUUCAGCGAGAUCCAGAGCACCAGAACCACCAUCCACAAGAACCUCUGCUGCAGCCUCUUCAUGGCUGAGUUCAUCUUCCUUGUCGGCAUCAACAUGAACACCCAUAAGCUCUUCUGCUCCGUCAUUGCGGGCCUUCUUCACUAUUUCUUCUUGGCUGCCUUUGCCUGGAUGUGUAUCGAGGGGAUCCAUCUGUACUUGAUAGUCGUUGGCGUCAUCUACAACAAGGGCUUCCUGCACCGCAACUUCUACAUCUUCGGCUAUGGAAGCCCGGCGGUGGUGGUGGCCAUCUCGGCAACGCUGGGCUCCAAGUACUAUGGCACCAGUAAAGUGUGUUGGCUGAGCACCGAAAACAACUUCGUCUGGAGUUUCAUCGGGCCGGCGUGUCUGAUAAUCCUGGUAAAUCUCUUGGCUUUCGGGGUAAUCAUCUACAAAGUGUACCGUCACACGGCUGUGAAGAAGCCAGAAAUCAGCCACUACGAAAACAUCAGGUCCUGUGCCCGCGGCGCCCUGGCCCUCCUGUUCGUGUUGGGCGCCACGUGGACCUUCGGUGUGCUGCACAUCCUGAAUGAGACCGUCCUCACCGCAUAUCUCUUCACCAUUGCCAACACCUUCCAAGGAAUGUUCAUCUUCAUCUUCCUGUGUGUCCUAUCCAGAAAGGUCCAGGAGGAAUAUUACAGGCUAUUCAAGAAUGUGGCAUGUUGUUUCGAAUGCCUGAGAUAAACCGAUGUGACCGACGCUCAGUCCUCUGUAACUACACAAUAGUCUUACAGUGCUGCCGUAAUCUGUUUCUCGUGCUUUGAAAAUGGACGGUCAACACAUAAUUCAUUUGAGGGAAUGGUAAAGAACAAUUUUAAUGUAGCAGCAGUAAUCUGCAAAUAUUUUAUUUUCCUUUUUUUAAAGACUGUCCUUGUGUAUAUCAUUUGUAUUGUAAUUUGCUAAUUAUCUUUUUUCAGAUAAUAUAAAUAUUGUCUUGCCUAAAUCUUUCCCAACCUACUCUGGAACUCAGGAGGUUGUUGUCAGGCUAACUUCACAUUUUCUCUAUAUUCUGGUUUAACUUAUUCCCAUCGUAGACACUGAGGUUACUCUCCGCUUCUGAUACCCUGCCCAUGUCCUCACUGUUUGUUAAAUCCUUCUCUGUGUGUGAACUUUAUUUGUAAAUUAAAAUGAUUGUGGUAAACAGUACAUCUAUUUUCUUUGUCA